AUGGGCAUCUCUCACGCCGUUUCUGAGUGGAGCUUUGCCUGCCCCCCUGGAAUCCCUUCUGGAUCAACGGCCAAGACAGAGCUGGCAGGAUUGACCGUCGCUGCACAGGGAUCACAGACUGGAUAUGAUCGCGAUCUAUUUCCGCACUGGAUCACCAUAAGCGGAACGUGCAACACACGCGAAACCGUUCUCAAACGCGAUGGAACCAACGUAGUCACUGGUUCUGACUGCGCUCCUACGAGUGGAACCUGGGUUUCUCCCUAUGAUGGCGCAACCUGGACUGAUAAAAGCGAUGUCGAUAUCGAUCAUGUCGUCCCACUGUCAAAUGCAUGGAAGUCCGGUGCAUCUAAGUGGACUACAGACGAGCGUGAAUCGUUCGCCAACGACUUGGCCAAUCCCCAGCUCGUGGCAGUCACGGACAAUGUGAACCAGUCUAAGAGUGACAAGGGGCCUGAAGACUGGAAGCCUCCUCUGAAGUCAUAUUACUGCACAUACGCUAAGAUGUGGGUGAGGGUGAAAUCUGUUUAUAAACUUACUGUCACCGAAAAUGAGAAGGCGGCUCUGGUGGACAUGUUGGCCACUUGUUAA